AUGGAUAUUACUAUUAUUACAACAAUUGUAGUUAUGACAGGAAUGGUUGGUCUAAAUGGUUAUGAUGGAGGUAACAAUUGCUGUGUAUCAUCGACACAUGUUAUAUUUUUCAGUCAUAUACUAUAUCGAUCUUUAACCAUUUUUACUGCAAUACAAAAAUCUAUGUCAUUGAUAUGUUUACAUAUAUCCUUGUAUUGUAUACACAAAGCAGAACAUUUUUUGACUCAUUUACAUUUUUUUGAAUCGACUAAUUCUUCAACAUUCUCUUUAUUUUUUUAUUUUGUAUUUAUAUCAUAUAUAUCCUUAAGUUUUUUUUGGUUCAUUUACUGUAAUGUUUUAUAUCCUUCACAAGUUCCCAAUUUAUAG